GCAACGUUGUCAUAGCAAAGUUGAAAAUCACUAAACAGUUUUUUGUUUGGGUUCAGAGCACAUUUGCGUGCUCUGGGGAUAUAACCUGACACAGAGUGAAUCUCAGGGGAGGAUCAGGAGUUUAAUCAGGGUCAUGUCAAACAAGGAAGCCUGGGUCGGGACCUGGAGGCCCCACAAGCCAAGAGGGCCCAUUGCUGCCCUUUAUGGUAGCCCGGGGCCCAAAUAUGCGCUGCCUGGACUGACAGGAAACACUCAACAUGAUCCGACUAAAGACAAAGCACCCAUGUUCAGCUUUGGGAUACGUCAUCAUCUGGCCAAUUGUGACUCCUCCCCUGGACCUAGAUACCUCAUCCCCUCCAACAUCACCAGAUCAGGCCGAGACGGCACACCGGCAUUUUCACUCCACAGCCGUCCAAAGGAUCUUGUAGUGUUCAAGGCCCCUGGACCAGGUAAAUAUUCCCCGGAGCAUUCAGAAAAGUGGACCUUCCGCUCUUCUCCGGCUUAUUCUUUAGCUGGAAGUAGCAAAGUAGAAAGCAUUAACCAAACACCAGGUCCAGCCGCUUAUAGCCUGCCUCCUGUGUUCGGGCCUAAAACUGUGGGUAAAAAUGCAGCUCCCUGCUUCUCCAUCUGCGGCCGCAGCAAAAUUGGAAGCUUCGAUGAAGACCUGAAGAAGACUCCCGGCCCUGCUGCCUACAAAGCUGUGGACCCAUAUAUUUACAGGCAAAAACCUCCACAUUUCAGCAUGACAGGCCGCAACUACACACCGUGUGAUUCCACAAUGAAGCCAGGCCCGGGUGCACACUAUCCUGAGAGGGUGACCAACACAAGAGCAAAAGCGCCGAGCUUUUCAUUUGGACUGCGUCACUCAGAUUACAUCGCCCCCUUCAUUGAAGAUGUGCUUGAAUAAUGUCAGGUGUGAUCUCUUUAUUUCACCUGGCAAUGUGCACAGCGUGACCAAAUAAAAUACAAAAAAGCAAAGUGCUCAGUGAUCACAUUUUAUUGUCAGUUACAGGCCCUCUUGUAUUGCUAGGCUUCUUGUUGUCACUGUGUUUUUGAACACUAUCAGUAUUUAAAGUAAAUCACAAGAAUUUUAAUUGCACAACGUGCAUGUGACAUUUUUUAUAACCAUAACCAUAUUUUGCAGGGAAGAUAUUUCUUAGAGGUUAGGCUAUAACUUUUUUUAUGGUCUGUUUGAUAUAUUUUUGUUGUUGUUAAAGUCCCUGUAAAGUGAAAUCAGCAAUACGUCUCCAAGCACGCUAAAUAUGUUGCAAGAAGAUAGCUUUAAACAUCUGAAAAGACUGAGAACUAUGUUUGAUUGAUUUCCGAUUUUUGACCGUUUUUACGGUUUUCUCAAGUUUCAGUUCUAGGUUUUAAUGGGCGGAGCUAAGUCGGGUCGUUAUGACGUAGAUCGGCCCUUCAUCUCAACGUUCCAUGCUAAAAACACUGAGCGCUGUAGCAUCUUCUAGCUAGCUAUGCCCUCGGCAGCAAGUAUAUCUUCCCUGGAUGUCAGGGACAGCUCGGUCUGUUUGUUCAAAUUCCCCAAGGAUGAAGAGAUGAAGAACAGGUGGAUUAACUUUGUGAAGCGGUACCACGAUGGAGAGCUGGUGGUCACUAAUAUCACCCGCCUCUGCAAUGCCCACUUUUUCCCCGAUGGUUUUGUCAACUUGGUUAACCGCCUUUGGCUGGUUAGUGGGGCCGAAACGUCUGUCUCCCCCCCCCCCUGACCGUCACCUGCCCGCCUCGGAGACACCUGGCUCCUUCACGGACAGUGGAUGCAUGCAUGUGAGUGUAAAUUGCCCUUUUUUGCUGCAUGUUAAUAGUUAAUCUAUAUCAAAGUUUUUGUUGGGAAGUGAAAUAAUAUAACGUGAUUAUAUUGUGUAGCCUAGCAUGAUGACCGCGCUGCGACAGCCG